AUGUCUCAAACACCAAGUGAGGCGGCAGCAGCAAAAAAGACAUUGAAAAGUGUUAAUCCAAUCAAAGAUUUUCUUGCUGGUGGUGUUGGUGGUGCUUGUCUUGUUAUUACAGGUCAUCCAUUAGAUACAAUUAAGGUACGAUUACAAACACAAGCAAAACCACAACCCGGCCAAACAGCAUUCUAUACUGGAACGUUUGAUUGUGCAAAAAAAAAUUGUUGCAAAAGAAGUAUGGCUGCACCACUUGUAGGUGUAACGCCCAUGUUUGCUGUUUGUUUUUUUGGAUUUGGUAUUGGAAAAAAAUUACAGACACCAGCUGGUAAAAAUGGUGAAUAUACUUUACCACAACUAUUUGCUGCUGGUAUGUUAUCUGGAGUAUUUACAACUGUGAUAAUGGCACCCGGUGAAAGAAUCAAAUGUUUAUUACAAAUUCAACAUUCAGGUCAUGAAAUCAAAUAUAAUGGACCAAUAGAUUGUGCGAAACAAUUAUAUAAAGAAGGUGGUAUUAGAAGUAUUUACCGUGGAACAGCUUUAACACUUAUGAGAGAUGUACCUGCGACAGGUGUUUAUUUUGCUUCAUAUGAAUAUUUAAAGAAGGCAUUAACACCAGAAGGACAUUCUGAAUUAAGUGCAUUGAAAACAUUAUUUGCAGGUGGAAUGGCUGGUGUUGCUAACUGGGUUGUAGCUAUUCCUCCUGAUGUACUUAAAUCAAGAUUCCAAACAGCUCCUGCCGGCAAAUAUUCGGGUGUUUCUGAUGUGUUACGAGAAUUAAUUCGUACAGAAGGUAUUCGAUCACUUUAUAAAGGCUUUACACCCGUUAUGUUACGAGCCUUUCCAGCAAAUGCCGCAUGUUUUCUUGGUUAUGAAAUGACAAUAAAAUUUUUGAAUUAUUUAUGGCCAAAUUGGUGA